GAGCUGCUAAUACGGGGCGCCAGCCCAAACACGAGCUUUCAGGGCGUGACUCCUUUUCAGGCGGCUGCCGCUCAGGGCAACAUCAAUACACUCCGCCAGCUUCUAAAUCACAGCCAGGAUGUCACGGCCAGGAGUUCAGCGCUGGUGGCCGCAGGCAGCCACUGCCACGUCCGGGCUAUGGAGCUGUUGAGGGAUCACGGCGCCACUGUGGACGACAAGCGGAGUUGCGAGGACUCCGCGCUUCUCAAAGUGGUCACGCAGCAUGCAAUGAGCACGGAGGCCUGUCAGCAGCCCGUCAAGGGUGUGACGGGUGCUGCGCAAAACUACACCGCUCUCUGGGAUGUCCUCGCCAUCCUCCAGCAGAUGGACCCCGUUUCAGCACAGAACUGCAGAGGCCUCGCGCUGCGGAGAGCGCUGUCGCGCGGGGACUUGGCAGCCCUGGAGCUGCUGUUGGACGGCGUCAAGAAGGUGGACCAGCUGGCAGGCCGUGAUGCCAAAAGCCGUGCUUUGUUAGCUAUAUAG